UUUUCGUCUUCUUGAUCAUCUCACGUUUUGCUUGGUGUUAAUGACAUACAAGGUGCUUGAAAGAAUGUAGAUGUUGCAGGGGGUCGUAUUUUGCUGAUGCUGCGUCUACGUUCUUUCCAUGGCCUUCGUUACUGAUACCAGUGGAAUGUGCCGGUCGCGUGGCUGCUUGGCCUUGCUGAGGUUGCAUUUUGUGUGUCCGGUGGUCGUCCUGCUGAUGUCGGUGAAUCGUACGAGGUGCUUGCCGAGUCUUUGCACGUGUUGUAUGCUCUAUUUCUUAUUUUCCCCAAAGUUAUUGUGAGUUCAAGGACAAGUUUUAAUACGUCAUUCUAUAAGAGGUGGUGCGUGGUGGUAGUUUCUAUUUGUUGAUUUGCUUGCCGAGUUUUAGGUUCGUUUUCCUUUUUAUAAAAUGUUUGUUCGUAGCAAUAAGUGAUUUUGAUAUUGCUUGAUGUUUGUAUGAUCUGUAGUGCUAAUUUGUUUGUUGUAUUUUCAUAUUUCUUUUAUGAAUACAGGUUAUAUUGAAUCAUGGAUACUGACAUGUCUGGAACCUGUAGAGUGUAAGAAAAAGAAAAGAAAUAGAGGGAAGUGCAGGCCGUUCGUACCUCCUUUGAAACGUACCAGGAAACCUGGUCGUCGUGGCGGUGCAAAAGGUCGUAGUCGGGUGCUAAAGAGGUUGAGAGGCUCAACUUCCAUGGAGGGCAGCAAUGGCGCGGCCACAACCCCAUCAUCGAAUCCUGAUGGUACCUCGGUCACUGACCCGACCCUCUCCGACGAAGCACCCUUAAGCCACCGCCAAGCUCUCCUGUGGCCGAAGUGGCAGAUACAAAUGCCUGUGCCAAGGCCCGCCCUCCGGAGGAGAUUCCUGAUGGAGUGUUGGAAGCCCAUCCACGCCACCAUUCCUUAGGUCAGGGGGGUAUCUGUCCGGAUGCACUCUCCUGGUGUCCAGACAGGCCUAGUGAGAUGCACCCGGAUGCUUCGUAUACGAACCCUCAGCUUGUUUAGUGACAGUGCUUUAUGCGCACAUGUGCCUACAUGUGUUCUGAACCGGUGUUGCUUGUUAAAGUGUUUCUGUAUACUGAGUACCUCAUGUGACAUUUGCAUUGCCCUGGCUAUGUAUGAUACAUAUAUGUACAUAUAUAUAUUUUAUUUCAUAGUGUGAUUCUUUUGAAUUUGACUACAUGUUAAUUAUUUUUACUACUAUUGUGUUACACUUCACUUAUUUAAAUUAGUAAGUUUUGUUUUGGAUGUACAUAUAUGUCUCGUAGUUCAGGCCAUGCUUCGCUUGGUCUAUGUAUAUAUAGCAAUUGACCCAGUAAUGUAUUACACACAUAUAUAUGUAUAUCUUCAUGAUGUAGCCCUCUAAUAGAACAGACAAUUUAAUAAAUUUUAUGUUUAUUAUUAGAAUAUCGAUCUCAUAUAUAUAUAAUUUUUGUAACGUAGUAUUUUUAUUAAAGCGUUAACUGUUCUCUAUUGCUUGGUUUGUUAACAGAUUUAUUAGUUAUUUUAUUUAUCCACUUAUUUCUUAUAU